UUUCAGCUGGUCAAUCAAACAAAGUAAAAAUUAGUCUUUGAUUGAGCAUAUCUUGUUUGUAUUCGCAGAAAAAAAACAUUUAAAUUUCAAAUAUUUUUUGAUAAAGUUGAAUCUUAAUAUCACUUAGUUUAUUAAGGGAUAUUAUUAAUGGAUAUAAGGAAAGACUUUAAUUUUUUAAUUUGAAAGUAUUUGAAAAUUGAAUUAAAUUAUCAAUAUGAAAUCAAAAAUUUUACACAGAAUAUUAAUAAAUACAUAUAAAAAAGCACAUAAAUAAAUAAAUAAUAAAAAGAAAGAAAAAAUAAAAAAUCCCAAAUUAAGAAUUCUUUAAUAGAUAUAUAGAUAGAUUGAUAGAUACUUAGAUAAAAAUUAAUAUCAAGUUUUUUAUUUGAAUACUAAUCACACACAAAGGAAUAAAACUCUAUCAAACAAACACACCAAAAAAACACACAAAUAAACAAACAAAUCUACCCCUUUCUCUUUCAUAUACAUUUUAUAUUCAAUUAAUCCCUCAAAAAACACCUCCAAUAGAUUAAAUAAAUGAUGUCAACUUUUUAAAAAUAGAAUUCCUCCCAAUAUUAAGCUUAGGUAAAAUAGUUUUUUUUAUUCAAGAUUAUUAAGAUUAUUUUCUUUUUAUCAAGAUCCAUAUUCAAUAAAUAAAAACAUGAUACAAAAAAAAAUAGUUUGUGAUCAAAAUCUUUCUAUCCAGUUGUUUCUCCUUCUCAAAAUGCAUUUUAUUAAUCAUUCUUUAUUUAACCCAUAAUUAGAUUAACAACAACUUAAUUGUCGAAGAGUACAAUUUCAUCAAUGAUUUCACUUAAGAUGCUAGUCGUGGAAUCCAUUCAUAGAAUGAUUUCAAUGCCUAAAAUUUAUAAAACCCUCUUAGCAAUAGAUAAAAGCCUGCUACUUCUAUGUCCAUGAUUGAUGAAAAUUCAAAUACUAUUCCUUUUUUUUAAAAGAGACAUUCAAUGAAGAGCACCUAUUGUAACUAAAAUGACUUAAUUUUUUAAAAUAAAAUGAAUUAUUCAUAAAGAAUGCCUUUUGAAGAAGUUGUUUCGUUACAACCCUAAUAAAUAAUUUACUCUUAAAAGUCAGUAGCUUGUGAAGAUUAGCAAAAUAUGAAGUAAAGUGUUAAAUUUCCUGCUUAAGUUGGCUAAAACUAAUAACAGAGCAGCACUUUAAACAAUUACUCAAACGACCUAUCUCCUAUAGACAUGACAUUUUAGUAAAUAAGCACUUAAAGUAGCUCUCCUGAUUUCGAUUUAGCAGUCAUUAAAAAUCCCUCCUCAUCUUAAAACGUAAACAUAAGCAAUAAGUCUAGUUCUUUUGUUGGGUCUGGGUCUAUUAGCGGAAUGAGCAGCUUUAAAUAAAUGAGUAACAACUAAUAAAAAAGCAUGAAUUAAUCUUCAUAAUAAUAAGCAAUUGCCAAAGAAUAUAAAAAUUACUCUUAAAGUGGAAAUAGCAUGUAGGAGCUAAGUUCUGUUAGCACUAGAGUUAACAGCUAUAGUACAAAUGCAAGCUCUGGAUUAAAUAAAAAUAAAUCUAGCAACUACACAUUCUAAGAAGAGUAAGAUGAGAAUUCAUAAGUCUGCAGCAAUAUUUUAAUAGAUUAGAUGGAUUGCCAAGAGGUAGAAGAUUUCAGUCUUUAUAUCUAAGAGUAUGAAAAGUAAAAUGCAAACUCUAGCUAAGAACAAUAGAGAAAAUAGGCAAUUUCCUAAGAAGAUAUUUAUUAAGAGUAACUUUUUGGUGGUAAUCCUCAAUACGUUCCUAAGUACGGCUACUAAAUAGUCUAACACCUCUUCAAACAACAGAGAAACUAUAAAAUAACUGUAAUCACUGAUCCUAGAGAAUUAAUUAUUAGAGAAAAUCUAAUUGAUUUAAUGUCUCGUUUGCACACUCACCUUAAGUUGCAAGAAGAAACACUUUAUCUUGCUGUAAAUAUUUUCGCCAGAUACUUAGACGUCUAAAAACAAAACUACUAAAACUAAAAAAUUGUAACUCUAGUUGCAACUUGUCUCUUCAUAGCUGCUAAAUACUAAGAAAUUUAUCCUCCUCCUCUUCGUGAUUUUUUACAUGUCCUUAAACUCAAUAAAAUCCAAGCUAAUACUUCUGAUAUAUGUGAUUUAGAAGGAAGCAUUCUCAAUAAAUUAAACUUUUCUCUCUUCGGUCCUACUCGUUUACAAUUCCUUGAAGCUUAUUUCUCUUAAAUUACUCUAGACCCAUCUCAAGUCAGCUUUUGCUAUUAUUUACUUGAACUAACAAACUUAAACCACUCCUUCUACAAAUAUGACCACAGUGAAAUUGCUGCUGCAUGCAUACUUUUAAGUGAAAAAUUCAAAAAUAUUUCUGGCAAAUAUUUUUGGAGUGAAAAAUUAGAACUAAUUACAAACUAUAAAUAAUAAGAUGUUUAUGACUGCGUUGAAGAGCUUUAUUAGUACUUAGUUAAUGUAGGACACAACAGGAAAAAAUUAUUUAUUUACUCCAAAUAUUCUGAACAAAAAUACAAAUCUGUUGCUUUGAUUGAUUAUGACCUCACUCACAAUGUUAAUAACUAAACCAACUAAGAAAGCACUUAAGAUGGAUUUUACAUUUCUACUUCUAAUAAUCAAAAAAGUGAGAAUAACUACUCAUAGUAAUAAAAAAUUUACACAAAUAAGUAAAUGACACAAUCCUAAUAACUAUCUUAGUCUUGCAAUUAAGGCUAUAACAGUAGCAUGACUUAAUCAACCUAUAACAUGACUUAUUCAUAAAAUAGUUAGAACUACGAUUCAUAACAGAUACAAGAGUAACAAUAUUAUUCUAAAUAAAUGUCUUAAUAAAACAAUUAAAUUGCUUACUCUAAAUGCAAAUCUGAAUGCUAUGCUGAGGAAUAUGACGAAAACUCUGUUAGCUUUCAUUCUUAAGCCAGAUAAAAUUAACCAAAUUUCAAAUAUGACAUUACAAAAUACUCAAAAAUUUACUGAUCAAUCGUGCAUAAUAUUAACAAUAAUCUUUAAAUAUUUAUCACACAUUUAUUCAUAAAAACAUACAACUAAUUAAUAAAAAUAAAAAUAAUAAUAAUAAUGAUUUCAAUCGGUCUUUUAUCAAAAA